AUGUCUGUGUCGCCAGAACCAUCAUCUGAGAGGUCGUUGCCUCCGGAUACCAAUUUCAACUCGACCAGCUUAGACCAAAGAAAGAGAGAUGUUCGAGAUAUUCUUUCGUCCUUCGAUGUAAAUGAUCUCCCGUCAGAGUAUUGUUCGGAUAUUUGCAUUCGCAUUACGAAUGAACAAAGCACAAGACCGAAUUCUGAAUGGACGGUUUUCGGAGAUUUGCGGGCAACAAUGCUAACUUGGGGUGUCCACGACUCUGAUGGCUGGACCUUCAUCAAUAAAUGGAUACCCAAGAAGAUUCGAGCUCAGCUCUUUUGCGAAAAGUUACAGAGGCGGUUCCAACGAGAAUUCGACGGGUAUGAUAAGAUAGCCAAUUCUAUAAACGAACCAGAAGCGCAAUCUCAGUCUCCGGCACACGUUUCGUCCAGGAUCGCCCAGGCCGCCGGGAAAAUUAACUCCCUUGUGGCCGAGGCUCUGCUUGAUCUCGACUUCCGCUCUGUUGGGCAGAAACACACUGCGAGAGUCCUACUGGAAGCGAUCGAGGAGAUCUGCAUGCGAUCUAGGAACAUCUCCCCUGCGCUCCUGGAAGGAGACCCAUUGACCUCGGGAAUGGAACUUGAAAUCAGCCUCUACGACGCCUUGAUUCGUCGACCGCCUGCAACAACGCCAAUGGUGAUAUUGGAAGCACUGACAAGAGUGUCUGACAUUUCACCAGGGCUCUUGCAGGCUUUAAAAAUCCGAUUCGAAGCCCCCGAUAUCCCUUCUACGUAUGGGCAGCGAUUUCAUGAACUAUGCACCCAAGCUGGAGUAGUUUUGUGA